UGACGUCCAGCCGUAGCCAAUGGCGCCCCGGGUGAAGGUUGAGGGUUGAAGGUGCCUGCUCGCUGGUACUGCAGCUUUCGUCUCUCGCGUGUGCUGGGCUACCUGGGCGUCAUGGAGGCUGUCUCGACAGAAGAACUUGAUGAAGAGGAGCAGCUGGUGAGAAGGCAUCGUAAAGAGAAGAAGGAGUUGCAAGCCAAAAUUCAGGGUAUGAAAAAUGCUGUUCCCAAGAAUGACAAAAAGAGAAGGAAGCAACUCACUGAAGAUGUUGCUAAGUUGGAAAAAGAACUGGAACAGAAACACAGAGAGGAACUAGAGCAAUUGAAGCUGACUUCUAAGAACAAGAUAGAUUCUGUUGCUGUUAACAUUUCCAGCUUGGUACUUGAGAAUCAGCCACCACGGAUAUCAAAAGCACAAAAGAGACGGGACAAAAAAGCUGCACUGGAGAAGGAGCGAGAAGAAAGGAUAGCAGAAGCUGAAAUUGAAAACUUAUCUGGGGCCAGACAUAUAGAAAGUGAAAAACUUGCUCAAAUAUUGGCAGCUAGACAGUUGGAAAUUAAACAGAUUCCGUCAGAUGGCCACUGUAUGUAUAGAGCUAUUGAAGAUCAACUGAAAGAACAGGAUUGUGCUGUGACUGUGGCUGCAUUAAGAAGUCAAACCGCUGAAUAUAUGCAGAGCCAUGUGGAAGACUUCCUGCCAUUUCUAACAAACCCUAAUACAGGAAAUAUGUAUACUUCAGAAGAGUUUGGAAAGUACUGUGAUGAUAUUGUAAACACAGCUGCAUGGGGAGGUCAACUUGAGCUAAGAGCUCUAUCUCACAUUUUGCAAACUCCAAUAGAAAUAAUACAGGCGGAUUCUCUUCCUAUUGUAGUUGGUGAAGAAUAUAAAAAAAAACCAUUAAUACUUGUAUAUAUGAGACAUGCAUAUGGCUUAGGAGAACAUUACAAUUCUGUUACACAGUUGGUGAACGCAGCUACUGAAAAUUGCAGCUAGUGUACAAAAUGCUAUACAACUGUGUUUUAGCACAGUGUGCCAAGCUGAGUAUUCCUGUCAAAUGCUGGGUUUGUUCUAAAUGCUACUGAAAAACACAACUACCUUAAACCAGUUUUAUGCUAAAGCUACUAACAGGCUUUUGAGAAAUAUGUCAGAGAUCAGCUUUCACCACUGUCUUCUUAGUGUUACUCUGAAAAUUGGUAAGUCCAUUGUGGAGAACAUCAUUAACAGACCAAGAUGGUACCCUGUUUGCUGAUACUUUUAUUUAUUUAGGAUCCUGGACAUCCUGCCUUGUGUGCAUUUUAAAUGUUUUUCAUUUUUUUCCUCAUUACUGAAAGCUUUCAAAGUGACAAUUUCAAUGUAAUUUUUCUUGAAGAAGUGAAGUGACUCAGUCAUUUAUCAUUAUAAUAUUGUAGUAUGGUGAUAGCAAAUGUAAUUAAUGCUUAUAAAAUGAAUUUGAUUGUAGUAACCUUGGUAUUGAGGGGAUUAAUGCAAUGAAGCUUUUGAUAUAAACCUAUUUGAGUGCCGUUAAGAAGCUUACUUACCUUAAUAAUUAAAAACUUAAAAAUAUUUAUUCAGAUGAGAAUCAGUCAUUAACUUCAAAGAGGAAAUUCAAAGGCAAAUAGGUGUUCCCUGUCAGAUUUAAACCUAAACAAUGAGAGAUCAGUUUUUUAUUUGUGUAUGACUUCAGAAAGACCUAACAGAUUACUGUUUUUCUAAUUCAUUUGUUGUUCUUUGUUGUUUUUUAAACUUCAGAUUGGAGCUAGUACCAUCAUUUCUUGCUUCUUUUUGUAACUACAGAUUUUUGUAUUUGUGUGUGUGUGUGUGUCUGUGUAUGUUUCCUUGCAUUGCUGUCUGUAGCCUUUUCCACCAAGAAACAUUUUGUAACCUCUCUUAUUCUGUACCUGGUGCAGGAAAAAGGGUCCAAGGCCACAUUUAUUUCAUUAUUUUUUUUUCCAAUUUAUCUUAUAGGAUUUCACUUUAUGCUUUAUACUUUAAGAUUAGAUGAAAACCUUUGUUACUUGUUAUUUUAUUAGCCUUGUUAAUGUCACCUUUCCAUCAACUCAAAAAUUUAAGAGUUUUUAUGUUGACAGCACUGUCAGGAGCCGUGACCUCUCCAGUAACGUUGGUAUACAAUAGUUUUCUAUAGGAAUGAUUUGUGUAGCUCAGAUUUCAGGUACUCAUAACAGUAUCCAUUCUAUAUUACCCAUACAUACUUGUGUCUGAUAAUUUGUUAUGUUAAAGUAGUAAGAAAUUGAGACAUUUUCUGUUUGACGAAUUUUCUCCAAAUUAGAAAUACAACAGUAAGAUUUAUCAUCAUGCUUGUAACAUAAGACAUUUGCUCCAUGAACACAACCAAUUUUUUUGUAAGUAAGCAUUGGGUUUAUAAUAUGAAAAUGGGGUGUCAGUCUCACAUGCCUAUCACAUUGACAAUGUGGAAACUUGGUAGGGACUGCAGUCAACUAGAGCAAGCAAGUACUUCCUGAAGGCACUACAAUUUAGGAGAAGAAAAAGUCAUUCUGCCUGCCAAACAAAAUAUAUUCUGAGAGUUGCCUGUUUUGUGACACUUGAUCUCAGCUUUUGGGGGUCUGAGAUUUGUAAAAGAAUUAAAUUGUAGCAUGCUAAAUGCUUUGGGUUUAUUUUGAAAUAAUAAUUAUACUUUUACUGUUUUAAUGCUGUAUUUUCUGUAAAAUGAAUAUAUUUCUGUAAAAUGAAAAUACUGUUUUAAUGCUGAUAUUUUUACUUUACAGAAAAUAUCAGCAUUAAAACAGUGAAAGUAUAAUGUAGCCUACUUGUAAAUUUCACCUUUAUCUAAAAUAUUUGAAAGAAAACUUACUGGUAGCUUUUUUUUCUCUAACAAGGAAAGUUGGAAUUUUCUUAAUUAUUUAUUUAUUUUUGCAUUUUAUUAUUUUAACAAAUUUUUAAAUGACCAGUAUGGUUAUGAACUGUUUGUGUGACCAGCUUCUGAUCCAUAAAACUUCAGGUAAAUAUCAUUUUAAAAAUAACCAAAAAGUCUUAAAAAAUGGCAGAUGUUAAUUCAAAAGCAGCGUAUACUAAUUCAGUUUUGCUGUAUGAUGAUGGUCUAAUGGAAGUUACAUAAGCUUUCUUUUGUCUUAACUAAGAAGAGUAUAUGUCAAGAGUUCUGGAAUAUGUCUUUAGCCAAGAAUUUUAUCCACUUAAAUAUGUUUACAACUGUAUAAAGCAAAAAAGAAUGUGUAUAUCUUUAGUGAGCAAUAUAGUUUUGCUCAUAUUAUCUGAUGUUUGCCAAAAGAAUAAAAGAUAAAUGAGUUAAAUCAACA